AUGGCCGCGAAGACUGAAGUUGACUAUGGAGAGCUGCCAACUAUAUCAUUGGCGAAGCUUGUCAAAGGGGAUACUGCCACUGCGAAUGACCUCGUCACUGCUUGUCGUGAUGUAGGUUUUUUCUACUUAGAUUUUCGCGAUCCGUUGACGAGUAAGAUCCUUGAAGACGUGGAUAAACUGGUCACAAUUACCGAAAAUACUUUCCAACUACCCUUGGACGAAAAACAGUAUUACAACACCGAGAAACUGUCAACAUUGUCCAAGACACAUGGAUAUAAAGCAGCCGGUUUAGCCUCAGGUCCGUUUCAAGAGAAAAGAGAUGGGUUUGAAAGUUACAUGAUCGCCAAUAACGCGCUGUUCGACCUGGACCCUAAAAUGCCAUUAGCAGCGCCCGAAACAAUCACCAGUCAACGAGAAAUGCUCAAACAAUUCGUCGGCGACAUACAUGAGUAUGGGCUUGUGAUUCUCUCUGCACUGUCUCAAGCACUGCAUAUUCCUUUCCAGGAGUCCCAUCGUAACACGGUGCCAAAUACAAGUAGCCUGGGGCUGCUUCGGUAUCUCACUUACGGCAGUAGCGAAAAGAACGUUGGCCAUAUCGCACACACUGAUAUUGGGACUCUUGCCAUUGUAUUUUCCCAAACGGGAGGGCUACAGGUUCUCAUGCCCGGGCUAGACGAGUGGCAGUAUAUUGCCCCCAAACCAGGACAUGCGAUUGUCAACGUCGGAGAUUCUCUGACUGCCCUCUCCAAGGGUGCUCUCAAGUCUUGUCUGCACCGUGUUGUACCUCCACCAGACGCUUGGAAUCAGACCAAGUACUCUAUUGUCUAUCUAGUACGGCCAGAGCACGACGUUAAUUUCACGGCGGGUGACGGAAAAGACUGGAGAAGCCUUGACUGGCAUAAUCGCAAAUUUGCAAUUUUAAGAGCAUCCCAUGAUGUCCAAAAGGCAGAUGCCACUCUUACUGGACGCCAUGGUUAUAUCGGCCUUGCGGACACGCCCGUAUUGCAAUCUGACGACGGCAGUGUCGACUUCGUUGCGCCGACAGAAUGGGAAGAGAAAAACCUCAGACAUGUCUGCGAUGAGAUCCCGCCUUCGAUAUUCCUCAUCUGCAUUGGCGAACUGGCUGAGCGCUUUACCUACCGCUGUAUCACAGCUCCUAUGCAAAACUAUGUCGAAAAUGCUCGCGACGACCCGUUAAGACCGGGAGCUCUGGGCAGGGGCCAAUCAAUUGCUACUGGUAUCAAUUAUUUUUUUACCGCCUGGUGUUACAUGGCACCCUUAAUAGGCGCUAUUAUGGCCGAUAGUUUGCUUGGCCGCUUUCGCACAAUUUGUCUCGGAGCUGCAUUCGCUAGCUGUGGUGUACUGAUUCUUUUUGUCACUUCUUUCCCUAUGAGCCUUGACAAGGGUGCUGGGCUGCCAGGACUGAUCGUUGCGUUAGUGCUGAUCGGAUUAGGGUUUGGAGGGAUAAAGAGCAAUGUGUCACCACUGAUUGCCGAGCAAUACUCAAGAAAGCCUCUCCGAACUCACACUCUCGAAGGUGGAGAAAAGGUUAUUAUAGACCCAAACCUUACUAUUCAGACUAUCUACGGUCGUUAUUACUGGGUUAUCAACUUGGGUGCGCUUUCUGUGAUACCGGCCUCUUGGUUGGAAUUGAAAGUCUCCUUUUGGGCCGCAUUCCUGCUUCCGCUGUGCUUCUGGGCUUUGACAGCAGGGAUUCUGGCUCUAGCACGAGGAAAAUAUGUUGUUCAAAAACCGACCGGCUCUGUCCUCGUCAAAGCAACGCAAGUUUUGUGGCUUGGGCUCAAAGGGGGUCGCAAUCUCGAUGCGGCAAAGCCGUCAGCUUUAGCGCAAACCAGACCGGGAACAGUCGUUCCUUGGGACGAUGAGUUUGUCCAGGAAUUAAAGCGGGCGCUGGUUGCAUGUACUGUUUUCUGUGUGUUUCCUAUUUUCUGGAUUUGCUAUGGGCAGACCAACAGCAAUUUCGUUAGCCAAGCAGCAAGCAUGCAAACUUUCGGGAUACCGAAUGACAUGAUGGGCUGUUUUGGUCCGAUUUUUGUUCUCACCCUUCUCCCAGUUCUAGAAAAAGUGGUCUACCCAACCCUUUCGCGAUUCCGUAUUAACCCAAAGCCAAUCAGCCGAAUCACGGCUGGUUUCGUUACCAUGGCCUGUACCAUUGGGUAUACUGCCGGUAUUCAAGACUACAUCUACAAAUCCCCUCCAUGCUACGACCAUCCUCUAAAAGGCUCUUGCAGUGAUGGGGGAAGAUUGCCUAAUGAAGCCAACGUGUUCUUGCAAAUACCUGCCUACGCGCUAACAGCGCUCUCCGAAUUACUCGCCUUCGUCACAGGGAUGGAAUACGCAUACACAAAAGCGCCCAAAUCGAUGCGCAGCAUCGUCUCGUCUCUUUUUCUGCUCACUUGCAGCAUUGGAUCAAUCCUGGGAAUCACGCUAUCCCCUGUUUCCAAAGACCCAAAAGUUCUCGUACAAUACGCUUCCUUGAGUGGCGUCAUGGCCAUCACGGCUGUGUUUUUUCUAUUUUUCUUUAGAAAAUAUGACAAAAUAGAGGCUAAGAUGAACAUGCUCGACUCUAGCGAUGACUCUUCGAUGACUGAAACUAGACCACAGGAUCAGACAGAGCGAAAGACUUGA